UAAACAAACUGCAACUGCGGUGCAUUUCUGUCAACGUAAUCAAAAAUUUCUGAUGUCGCUGGCGGUUCCAACAGCGAGGCAGUAAAUUAUCACACCUUCCAAAUCUUCCAACACCCACGCACAUAAAAAAUUACAAGCACAACGUCCGGUUUGUUUGCUGGACGAAAAGUGAAUCGGAAAUGAGUGAAAUUUAGUUGACUUUCGGUUAAAUUAUCAGCUGAAAAAUAUAUGAAAUUUUGUGACUGCUGACCUCAUUUGGAUUAACGAAGAUGGCUCCAAAAUCCGCGAGCAACAAUCUGAAGUAUCUCAGUCUGGUGACCCUUACGCUUCAGAAUGCAAUCCUGGGGCUCAGCAUGCGUUACGCGCGGACCCGACCGGGAGCAAUGUUCCUCAGCUCCACCGCCGUAGUAAUGGCCGAAGUGGUCAAACUGCUCACCAGUGUGGUGCUGGUGUUCAUGGAGGAAGGCAAAAGUGUGCACCGGUUGCGGUCCGCACUGCACAGCACAAUCGUUAAACAGCCGAUGGAUACACUGAAAAUUUGCGUACCCUCGUUUCUGUACAUUCUGCAGAACAAUCUGCUGUACGUCUCGGCGUCCCAUCUGGACGCGGCCACCUACCAGGUGACCUAUCAGCUAAAAAUUCUGACGACGGCCGUUUUCGCGGUGAUCAUCUUGAGGAAGAGACUGCUACCGACGCAGUGGGCGGCCCUGGUGGCACUGGUUGUCGGGGUGGCCAGUGUGCAACUGGCGCAAACGGAUUCGAGCGGAACGGCUGCCUCUCGGCAGCAGCAGAUGCCAGGCGAACCAGACCAGAACCGACUACUUGGUUUCAGUGCCGCGCUCGGCGCGUGCUUCCUGUCCGGCUUUGCCGGAAUCUACUUCGAAAAGAUGCUCAAAGGAGCGGACAUUUCCAUCUGGAUGCGAAACAUCCAGCUCAGCUUGCUGAGCCUUCCGUUCGGAUUGGUGACCUGUUUCGUGAACGACGGCUCAAAGCUCACUUCCGAUGGCUUUUUCUACGGCUACGAUGGCUUCAUUUGGUAUUUGAUUCUGCUUCAGGCCGGAGGCGGUCUGAUUGUUGCCGUCGUCGUUAAAUAUGCCGACAACAUCUUGAAGGGCUUUGCCACAUCGCUCGCCAUCAUCAUCUCCUGUGUGGCGUCGAUGUAUUUGUUCGAUUUCAACUUGACGAUGCAGUUCACGUUCGGGGCCGCGUUAGUCAUCGCAUCGAUUUUCCUCUACGGGUACGAUCCGAAUGCGGCCUCCAAGCAUAAGAUUAUCAAACUAAGUCCCGAGAGCCAGGAACGAUUACUUAUGGCGGAAAAGGUCUGAAUCUGAAUGUACGACAAAGUAUUAGCAUAUUGGAUUGGGUUGAACCGAAUAUUAGUAUUCUAAGAAUAUUUAGGACAUUAUGUGACGACAAAAUGCAAUUGAAAAUUUAAGAUACUUAAAUUUUAAAUAGAAGAGGAGUUCAAAUAAAGGCAAUUUUUACUAUCAUUUA